GCUUCCUUUGAAGCUCCAUCUCUGGUCACUCUCCUUCUUUCUAUUUUCUUUCUUUGUACCUUUUCUUUCUCUCUUCCUCCUCCCCCUCUCUCCUGCUCCCGCCUGUGCCUCACACCACGGUUGAGUGUUGUCGGGGUUGAGGGGGUUUGUGUUGUCAGCCAGAGGAGGGAACAUGCAGCAUCCUGGAGGAACAUGCGUAGCGUUACCCAACGUGGACGCCUGUCCCCAGCUGUCCUGCGCCGCCCUCACCUUCAUGUAUUUACAGCAGGGUAACCAGGACACACCGGCACCCCCGGACUCAUCCAUGGCCCAGGCUUACUCAUCAGCCCAGUUUGCCCCUGCACCCCAGAACGGCAUUCCAGCUGAAUUCACUGCUUCACACCCACAUCCACAUCCACACUCCCACCCACAUCCACACCAGCACCCAGCGGCACCACCGGACUACACUGGGGUCCAGGCCUCCAUUAGUGAGCAUCCACUCAACAUGUACCAGUCCUCGCAGAGCCACAAUGAUCAGGGCGGGUCAGAGUCCAGCAGCCAGACGGUCACAGGCACAGCUACACAGACAGAUGAUGCCGCUCAGACGGACAGUCAGCCACCAACACAGUCUGUACCUGAAAGCACAGAUAACAAAGCCCAACCCAAGAGACUUCAUGUCUCCAACAUCCCCUUCAGGUUCCGAGACCCAGAUCUCAGGCAAAUGUUUGGCCAAUUCGGCAAAAUCUUAGAUGUGGAAAUCAUCUUCAACGAGCGCGGUUCCAAGGGUUUUGGAUUCGUAACAUUCGAGCACAGUGUGGAUGCCGACAGAGCCAGGGAGAAAUUACACGGCACCGUGGUAGAAGGUCGUAAAAUAGAGGUCAACAAUGCAACAGCCCGAGUAAUGACAAAUAAGAAGACAGUCAACCCAUAUGCAAAUGGCUGGAAGUUAAAUCCAGUGGUCAGCGCUGUCUACAGCCCAGAAUUCUAUGCAGUACCAGGUUUUCCCUACCCAGCAGCAAGUGCAGCAGCAGCGUACAGAGGAGCCCACCUACGGGGUCGAGGAAGGACGGUAUACAAUACAUUUAGGGCAGCUGCUCCGCCUCCCCAUAUCCCAGCUUACGGAGGAAUAAAGGAAAAAAACAAACAAACCAAAACCAUCUUCCCAGCCCCAGCAGCAGCUCUGGCUGAGCCUCCAAGGCUGAAUCCCCUCAACAAAAGCAAAGGAGAGCUGUGUAUUGGUGGUUAUGCUGCCUACAGAUAUACCCAACCUACUGCUGCCACAGCUGCUGCAUACAGUGACAGUUACGGACGAGUAUACGCUGCCGACCCCUACAACCACACACUCACUCCAGCAGCCACAUACAGCGUUGGUGCCAUGAACGCAUUCACCCCACUGACAGAUGCCAAAACUCGGAGUCAUGCUGACGACGUGGGGCUGGUGCUGUCCUCUCUCCAGGCCAGUAUAUACCGGGGAGGCUACAGUCGCUUCGCACCCUAUUAGCACCACCUCCAACCUCUAAUCAACCUUCCAACAGGACAGAAAGAAAGUGUGUGUGUGUCUGAGUGUGUGAGCGAAUGAGAGACAGAGAGAAAAGGAGUUAGUUGAAAGAUGUUACUGAGACCCGGGUAUUGCAAUACAUGCAGUUUGUGCAUAAUUUCCGCAUCUCCUGAGAGAGAAGUACAAAAAAAGAAUACGAAUAAAAUGACAGCUGAUAUUUUUCAUCUUAUACCUCAGAUAUUUUGUGCUGUGUAUUUUGAUAUUGUGGGUUUUUAAUUUCUAAAGAUUUGAACAUAGAUUAUCAGCUGUAGAGUUUUUUUCCCCUGGUACUAAGAGAGAGCUGCUAUAGUAACGAUUAGGACCCAGUGGGAAUUUAUCAAAUUCAAAUUGUCAGGGCUUGUACAGAACUCCAACCCUGUAGGAUUCGUCAUAGUCACACGUUGAGAUUUUUAUGUUUCCUAAGAGUGUUUAAGUGACUAUGCUAGUCAAGUGUUGUUGUUUUACUUCUCUCAGCUUCCUUUGGCAGUUCCUCUGUCAGUUCUAAAUGAUAGUUUUUUCUUACCUUGGUUUGGGAGAAGGUAAAGAAGAGUUGGACGCAUGAACGCAUAAAGAGCUCUUCUCUGAGCUUGUGAGGACAGAAUGGGAAAGUUAGAGAAGCUGAGAGCAGCAAUGGUUGAUCAUUUUUGAAAUCAUGACUAUAUAUCUUGUUAUCUUGAAACUACCACAUGCUAAUAAUUUAUUUUGUCAUAUCUGCAAGAACAACAUUUUUGUCUGCAUGGUCACGUAAAUUGCUUUAAUUGAGGACUGAUGCCACUCAGUAACAACAUGAGGUGUUUUUCUUUGUACCAUGAAAUGUGACAUUUGCAUUAAAUUUGAAUUAUAAGACACUAAGUCAGAAUUAUAAAAUGAGGUCUCCCGUUCUUAUUUCCUUUGGUGAAUGUUUUUAUUACGACAUGAGUAUUUGUCAAGAUUUUCCCCUUGUUAUUAAGACAAAAAUGCCAAAUAUGUGGUCUCUCCUGAAGCAUUUCUGCUUUUUUGUAAGUUAUCCUGAGAUAAUGGGGUAAUUGAGUCAUGAUUGCUCAAAAUAAAAUAACCAUAACCAUAAUCAGAGCUGCUCUCAGGCUGUUCAGUCUUCCAUCAGGGAGAGAAUGCUUUGAGUCAUGUUGUAAGUGUGUUGACUUAAUAAUGAGGUUUUAUCACUUCAAGCCAAAGGUUGUAGUGGACAUAUCUAGCGUGUGUAUGUGUAUAGUCAAGAUUCCACAUAGAUAUGAAUUAUGAGAUAAGUACAAAAAAAAAAAAAAAGAUUGUCAUGGCAACUGAACUGUUCAACCAUUUAAUGCUUACUCCACUGCUGAGAUAUGAAAAAGAAUUAGGGCCAAGUUAAUAUGAAAACAUGCUACUUGUGAAACACAGAUGUCUGAGUUGUGACUUAGAAUUUGAAGGUUUAAUGUUUUGUGGCGCUCAUCCUCUUCCGUACUGAGCAGUGUUGGCCAUCCAGAUGUAGAUGUUUUUUUAUAUAAACUUCCAAUAUAUUCAUUGGGAUAACUGUUGGUUUUUAUAUUACAGGAGAGAUUUAAAAAAUAUAUAUAGCAGUGGCCAAAACCACUGUGUCUAUUUUAUCAUUUUGUCAAAUUUGUUCUGCCUUUGUUUUUGUUGUUUAUUUGUUUCAUAAUUACAAUUUCUGGGGGGUAAAGUAUAAUAAUCCAACAAUGUAUUAUAUUUGAACUGUGCAGUGAAGAUGUUCUCUUAUAUGAAAUACACAAUGGUAUAAUGUUUUAGAUUUAGAUGAAUAGAUCAGUUGUUAGGGCAAGCGAUCUCAUUUUCUAUCAAAUCAUACCCUGAUUUUUAUUAACUCUUUUCAAAUAAUCGUGUAGAUACUCUCAUUCAUCUAUUCUUUUUUUUUUGUCCACUGUACCAUUUUGCACAUUGUAAUUUUCACAUGAAACACAUAUCAGUGCUGUAGUUGUACUUUUUCUUAACUUUUUUUUUUUAUCGGUUCUGCAGUUUCUGAUUUCAUUUGCACUCAUGUUGAUAUUAAUGUGACAUCCUCUCUGUUAUUUUCUACAACUCAGACUUUACUCUUUGAAAAUUACUGUUUGAAUAUUACAAAAGUAAAAAAAUAUGGGACAUUAAUGAUUUGUGGACAGGCUAAUCUAUGAUGUAAAUAAAAGUUAAUGAAAUAAAUCUGUAGUGUAUUUGAAAAGCACUACAUUGGCAAUAGGACCUAGGCUAUGGCUGCACUGCAAGCGAGCCCAUACGCCAUUUCCUCUGCCACAUUCUGUUUACAACUAUUCCCAAUUAUUGGUGUUGUUACAUAUCUCUCUUUUGUAUUUAUGACAAAUUAGAUAGGAAAACUCUCAGAUGCAUCACAUUAUAAAAAAGGCAACGGUGAGAGCCUCUGUGCCUUUUGGCUCUGCUGGUUCGAACCCUUGUCUGUGUACUGUGUGUGAGGACGAUCAGUCUGAAACUAAGAGACUCUUAGUCCUCACCAUGCUGAAUGUCUGACUACGCAACUACUUUAUCCAAGCUCUGCUUCCAGUAGGUGUUGUGGUUCAAAACAAAGCUUCCGACUUCCUAUUCACUGUAUGCGCAUGUACUAUGGUUCUUCCACUA